AUGGGGAACUGUCUAAGACACAACAAUGGCCUAGCCGGAGAAGAGAAAGACAAUCUGGAGUCUGAGCCGCAGAUUAAGUCAGUACUGGAAGAAGGCAAAACGAGUAUCAGAGGGAAAGAAGAAAGUGAAAGAUCGACGGAAGGAGAAUCUAAGGUGGUAAGGAUAAAAGUCACGGUGACGAAAGAAGAACUUAGACAAAUCUUGGGUCACAAGAAAGGUAUUAACUCCAUACAACACUUGGUUCAUGUUCUCAAAGAUAGUGGCAGAAACAUCUCCAAGGCUAAUGAUGAAGAAGAAAAUGAACCAUGUGAUGAAAAUUGGAGGCCUUCGUUAGAAAGCAUUCCCGAGAGUGAGAAUCAUUACUCAAGUUAAUCAUAUAUAUUUAAACUAAUAAUCCAAUUUCUCCAAUUACUUUUUGACUUUUCUUUUUUCCCAAGAUGACUGUUUGUCUACGUUUGGUCCUUUUUAACCAAUGUUCUAUGAAUGUUGUAUCAUAGAGCAGUGGUUUUUUCUUUUCAUGUUUUAAUUUUCCUUUAUUGUUUUAUUUCGGACAA